CAUCUGGAGAAACACACAGCUGUGAAAGGGAUGAGGAAAGAAGAUGCUGCAUGCUAUCUCCAUCAUGCACUGUAUCGGCUUUAUCCAACAUCCGAAGAGCAAGUUCGGUAGAGGUGACGUCCUAGAAAUGAAGGCAAAGGAGACUGGUCAAAUGGAGGCCCUUCACACUGAGAUUCUUUGGCUCGUUUCCCAGACGACCCUGCGGGAGAGGUCACCUUUGAUAGCCGCGGUGUUGCCACACAGCUUGAGGUGGGAGCCUCGUUUCUGUUGGUGGUCAGAUGAGCUUUGAGGUAGGCUCUUGGCUGUGAAUAAGGCCUUAUCCUAAAGGGGAUAUGAGCACUU